AUGUCUCAAUCACUUCUUUCACAGCUUUGGAAGCAACUGCAGCCAUCGAGACAUACUAAAAGACAGUCGACGCAGACUGCAAAGAGUACGACAAUUCUUUUACAGAAUGGCUUGGUCAUAGAGCAUGGGGAGCAAGAUUCUGUUCAAGUCGUUGACAACACCGAUAUCUUGAUAGUAGACGGCAUUAUCAAGGAAGUCGGCAAAUCUAUCAAACCUCCACCGCAUGCUGAAGUUGUUGACUGCUCCAACAAGAUCAUUAGCCCGGGAUUCAUCAAUACACAUCAUCACCUAUGGCAGACGCAGCUUAGAGGUUAUGGCACAGACCACUGCUGGUUGGAGUACUUUUCGGACGCCGAGUCCGCUAUAUCUGCAUUUUCAGACUCCGGUAUCCGAGGCGUAUUCGCAUACGGAGAAACAUUUCUAAAUCUCAAGAAAUGGGACACCGAAUCAUGUGUCCCGAAUGCUAUGUCUAUUUCCGAACCCUUCAUUAAACAUGUUGAGGACCUAGCCCAAAGAGGUCCUUUUGGAAACGGUCGUGUCAACGUUGGCCUUUCGUUUGAUGGAUAUCAUAUGCCACAGCAGGAAGUCGAAAGGUUAUUCCGUCGAGCGCUCAAAGCUGGUAUUAAGCUUAUUACAUCACACAGCGGCAAUUUUGGACCCUCUGUACCAAAGGCUCUUGAAAAGUACUCUCUGUUCCCCGCCCCAGAAGACGACUACACUAUUGUCAUCUCCCACGGCAACUACAUGGAUGACGGAGACUUCAGCAUCCUUAAGAAACACCGCGUCCCACUAGCUUGCACACCAGCUACAGAAGCUCAAGGCUCGAUGGGCUGGCAUCUCCUAUUUGAACCAGGACUCAUCACCGCCCUGGGCGCAGAUUGUCAUUGCCUCACAUCCUCAUCUCUUAUGCAAGCAGCUCGUACUGCGCUCCUUUUCUCCCGUCUACAAAAGACGCUUGAGCUUAAAGAAAAGGGUCAAAAGGUGGAUAUGUUUGAUCAUACGAGUCACGAUGUCUUUAACAAAGCGACUAUUGAAGCUGCGAGGGCUGUGGGCUUGGAGAGUGAGAUAGGAUCUAUUGCCGUUGGUAAACGAGCGGAUAUUUUGGUGUUCUCAAGAGAUCAAUCAUUAGCAUUUGGGGCAUCAGCGAGGGAGGAACCAGUCGCAGCGAUUGUGACGUACAGUGAAGCCCGCGAUAUUGAGGCUGUCUUGGUAAACGGUUGUUUCAGGAAACGGGAUGGAAAGAUGGUUCCUGUUAUGACGGAUGGAAAGGAUAUUGGACUCGAUCAGAUCUUAAAAGAGCUUGAUCAGAGUCAGAAGAAUAUCAGGCAGAAGCGAGAAUCAUGCAGCACCAGAAUAUCGAAGGGCUUAGUUUGCAGUAUCGUUCAGCCAGGUUAGGCAUAGGGUUAUAAUUAUUCUAUUGCAGUUGCAUAAGUAUCCUAUAAGCACCUCGGAACCUUUUACUUUUGACCCAU